AUGUCUGUCGAGUACCCAAAGCAUCCCUUCCUCUUAACUAUACCGGAAACUGUCGACAUUCUCGGCACUGAUGUCGAAGAGGGACUUCUCUCGAACCAAGUUGCAGAGCUCCAACGAACAUAUCCUCCCAAUGAGCUCGACGUCGGGGGCGGGGUUGCCUGGUAUACUAUAUUGAGCAAGCAGCUGCUCAAUGCCAUGAUUUUGGUCUUGGUGUUCGUCAUGGUUCUCAGUUAUUCCUUCCAGGACUGGAUCGAAGGCGGCGUGGUGACUUUUGUCAUCAUUCUCAAUGUUGUUAUUGGGUUCUUGCAGGAAUAUCGUGCAGAGAAGCGUAUGGACGCAUUGCGGGCCUUGUCAUCCCCCAGCGCGACCGUGCUCCGCAAUGGCAACACUGCUAUCAUUCCAAAUGCAGAUGUGGUGCCUGGCGACAUCGUUCUUCUGAAAAUGGGAGACACAAUUCCCGCCGAUCUCCGCCUUUUCGAAGCUAUGAAUCUCUCGUGCGACGAAUCAUCUCUGACUGGCGAAGCUGUCCCAGUAGAGAAAACCGUCGCCAAUGACAUUGUCAUCCCCGGCACUAAAAAUCCUGCUACCUCUGAAGACCAAGUAGGUAUUGGUGACCGCAUCAACAUUGCGUAUGCCACCACAAUUGUGAAAAAAGGCCGAGGCCGGGGCAUUGUCAUUGCGACAGGCAUGGUGACUGAGGUGGGCAAGAUUGCUGCCUCUACCACCAAGAAGCAUCGCAAAGCCGGAAGAUCGAUGAACUGGAGAAAGUACGGUAAGAGGCAGCCGGUUGUUGGCUUUGCCAAGCGCACGUAUGAUGCCGUGGGCAAGUUUCUAGGCCUGACAACGGGAACCCCCCUCCAACGGAAGCUGGCCUGGCUAGCGUACAUUCUCUUCGCAUGUGCCCUCCUUCUGGCUGUUGUUGUCUUCGCUGUGAAUCGCUUCCAUGUCCCUACGGAAGUAGUCAUCUAUGCUACUUCCUUAGGUAUUGCGAUCAUUCCCGAAUCACUUGUAGCCGUUCUCACGAUUACUAUGGUGGUUGCCGUUUCUGUGAUGAGUAAGGCUAACGUCGUCGUCCGUGAUUUAUCCGCGCUCGAAGCCCUAGGGGGCGUCACCAACAUCUGUUCGGAUAAGACGGGGACCUUGACCCAGGGUGCCAUGAUUGUUCGGACUGCAUGGCUACCGAUGAACCAUUUAUAUAGCGUUCGAGAAACCCGUCAUCCCGCCGAUCCUACCGAAGGAAAAGUAACCUACCAGGUGAUCGAGGACGAGCCCAAAGAGGCCGAACCCGAAAAGAGGGACUUUGACCAGGAAAGAAGCGCCGCGGCUUUGACGUUCGAUGUGCCUGCCGAGAAGCUCAAUCCGAAGCGGCCAGAUCCGUCGACUACUGAUGGGGUGGCAGAAGUAACCCCAGGGCUUCGGUGCUUUCUUCUUUCAUCCGCCCUGUGUAACCUUGCGACGGUGAGAUACGAUGAACUGCUGUCUCGCUGGCAAACCACUGGCGAGCCAACUGAGAUAGCCCUACAGGUGUUCGCUCACCGCUUCGAUCUUGGAAAGAAGGGCUUGGUUUCUUCGGGCUGGAAGGAACUAGCCGAAUUCCCUUUCGAUAGCUCCGUUAAGCGCAUGUCCGUCAUUUACGAUCCCCCGAAAGAUGGGGAGGAGGUCAUUGGUGAUAAAAAUAGCGUUGUGUUCUGCAAAGGUGCCGUGGAAAGGAUCCUCGAGCUCUGCCAGUUUAUCGGGUUCGGGGACAAUCGACAGGAUCUCACCGAGGACGUGAAGCUUGAGGUGAUGGAGCAAACCACGAGAUUGGCCUCCCAGGGUCAGCGAGUCCUUGCUCUGGCCUACCGUGAAUGGAACGGCAAAUUCACUCUUCGCCAGUCGCCAGAGUCCGACGCCGCCGACGAAGCCCUGCGUCGAGAGGUCGAGAGCAACCUUACCCUUCUUGGCUUGGCUGGAAUCUAUGACCCGCCCCGUCGUGAAACCAAGCCAUCUAUUUCGGAGUGCUCCUCAGCUGGAAUAAGGGUGCACAUGCUGACGGGCGAUCAUCCGGAGACUGCCAAGGCUAUUGCCAAGGAGGUUGGCAUCAUCCCAAAGAACUUGUCCACCCUCCCGGCGGCUACGGCAGCCUCCAUUGUCCAGAUCGCGACCGACUUUGACAAGAUGACGGAUGAGGAGAUAGAUGCAUUAGACGAGCUUCCGCUGGUGAUCGCUCGCUGCGCUCCUGAUACCAAGACUCGCAUGAUCGAAGCUCUUCGUCGCAGAAACGCCUUUAUGGCCAUGACAGGUGAUGGCGUCAAUGACGCUCCCUCGCUCUCUCGGGCAGAUGUGGGCAUCGCCAUGGGAUCUGGUUCGGAUGUGGCAAAAUCGGCGUCCAAGAUCGUCCUGGCUGAUGACAAGUUCAAUUCCAUCGUGGCCGGGAUCCGCGAGGGCCGUCGCAUGUUUGAUAAUAUCCAGAAAUUCGUCCUUCAUUUGCUGAGUUCAAACGUUGGGGAGGUUAUCUUGCUCGUCGCAGGAUUGGCAUUCCGGGAUGAUUCUGGCUACUCGGUUUUCCCCAUUUCUCCUCUCGAAAUUCUUUGGAUUAACAUGAUCACUUCGUCAUUUCCUGCGUUUGGUCUUGGACGCGAGGCAGCUGCAAGGAACGUCAUGUCAAAACCUCCCCAUAACAAGAACAGGGGAGUUUUCACAAAUCAGAUUUUGGCCGAUAUGAUGGUGUACGGUGUUAUCAUGGGUGUUCUUACCUUGGUCACAUUCGUGAUUGUCGUCUAUGGGGCAAACAACGGUAAUCUUGGCGUUGACUGCAACAGGCACUAUUCAGAUUCAUGCCAUGCGGUCUUCCGAGCCCGUGCAGCCGUUUUUGCGGAACUGACUUGGCUCAUUCUGGUUUCCGCGUGGGAGUUCAAAGACCUCCGAAGGUCUUUGUUCCGCCUUCAUCCCAAUGACACUCGGAAAUUUCCCCUCUUCGAGGAUCUUUAUUCAAACCGUUUCCUCUUUUGGUCUGUUACCAUUGCCGCACUGUCAGUUUUUCCAGUCGUGUACAUCCCGCAUCUCAACACCAGCGUUUUCAAGCACACCUCUAUUAGCUGGGAAUGGGGUGUGGUCGUUGGAUUUACCUUGCUGCGGGGAGGUGGAGGGUGGCAAGAGUUUUAUGAGGACAAUGACGGCUACCAGUUUCAAGAGUUGGAAGAGUUUUAG